AUGAGUGAUAUUCGCCAAGUUCUGCCUACUUUUCCCGUCUCCAAAUAUGCGUCUCUUCUUCCAGCAAUCGAGCAACAUGGUCUCACAACAACCGACCUCCUGACUCUGCACCCAACAGAUAUAGCAAAGCAGACUCACCUGCCUCUUGUGGAUCUGAGGCGCUUCAUUGCCAUCAUACAAAUCUCUCUCACAAAUGACCUAAAGCCCCAGUCGUUGUCAUUAUCGCCAGAAAAAGAGGAUUCACUUGUGGAAUCAACAGAGGAAGCACCAGAGACGUCCAAAGCUCAACCUCUGCUUACUACCACCAACGCCCCGUGGUCGGCUUGUAUCAGCACUCUCGAUGAUACCAUAGAUGCUGCCCUGGGAGGUGGAAUCCCUACCGGCAGGAUCUCCGAGUUCGUGGGGGAGAGCGGUGCUGGAAAGACUCAGUUUCUUCUGAGUCUUUGUCUAGCCGUCCAGUUGCCCUCCCCUCGAGGCAUUGAGAAACAGGCUCUCUAUAUCUCAACCGAGUCCGGUCUUUCCACCGCCCGUCUCUCCCAGAUGUUGAAGAAUCACCCCGUCCUGCAAGAUGUUGAUUUCGCCGACAAGCCUUCACUGGACAACAUCCUCAGCACCUCUCUCCCGGACCUCGAGUCCCAGGACCACAUCCUGCAUUACCAACUACCCGUCCUCCUGGAGCGCCACAACAUCGGCCUAAUCAUCCUCGACUCCGUGGCCGCCAACUACCGUGCCGAGUUCGAGCGCCAGGGCACAAUGGGCCAUAACAUGGCCGCCCGCAGCUCGGACCUCGUCAAGCUAGGCGCCCUCUUCCGCCACCUCGCCCGCAAGCACAACCUCGCCGUCGUCGUCGCCAACCAGGUCUCCGACCGGUUCGCCCCGGCCCCGCCCAUCUCGAGCCCGGCCCGCCUGCCCUCCUCGUGGCCCAGCCAGCCAACCCAGGAGACGCCGCUCGCUUCCAGGAGCAGCCUCCGUGGCCAGGCCCUCCCCCACUUCACUCCCAGCUCCCCGCUCCCCUUCUCGAUGCCCCCCGACGACGACGGCGAGCCGCCCCCUCCCCCAGCCCUCAUGCUGGACCACCAGCAGAGGUGGUUCACCGGCUGGGGCGACGACCCCAUGUCCUCCCACGCCCUCAAGACCCCCAGCCUCGGCAUCGUGUGGUGCACCCAGAUCGCCUGCCGGGUCGCCCUCUUCAAACGCCCCGUCUACGGACGCACCAGGAUGGCACCCCCCAUCUCAACCGCGCCGGGAGAUGAUUACGAUGAGGUCGAGGAGCAUACAUCGACUCUGAGGACGUGGAGGCGGUGGAUGAAGGUUGUGUUCGCCCCUCAUGCACCGGCUUCUGGGCUGGGGCUCCAGGACGCCAUCGAGUUCGAGAUCUCGGCGGGCGGGUUAAAGGCAUUACCGCCCAGGAAAAAGAAAACAAGAUCGUGA